UCACCAGCCAUGUUUAUUUACCUGCUCAAAUAUAUCUAGACCCAGUAUUUCUCUUGCCAGUGAAUGUAUGCAAAAGAAUAUUCCCCAGAUACCAAUCACUAUGAAUUCGUUUUUAAUAGCGAAUUAAAAUACUCAAGCUCCUCAAACAAUACCUCUAGGCAAUCGCAGCUCCAAUCCCAUUUCUCGCAAAAAAGACCAUUGAUUGGGUACCUUCACUUCGCAAAAACAACCAUUUCGUACUCAUCCCACAAUGUCUGAUCCAAUAGAAGAAGAGAACGAGAAACUUCCCAUCUCAACCUCAGGAGACUCGAAUACCACAACCGAAAAUGGCAUGGAUUUUGUGCCCAUCAAAGCUACACCUACAGAUAUACCUAUCUCGAGAAUGAACACGAAGGGUAGUCGGACCAAUUCGCUGGUACGAACGCGCUCAUCUAAUGGCUUUGGUUGUGAUGAUCCGGAUAAUACUUGGGAUGGUAGUGCAGGUGGAAUUGGAGGGCAGGAAGUCGAUGAGAAGGAUCCGUUCGAGGUUCGAUUCGAUGGUGGCGAUAGUGAUCCAAUGUGUCCAAGGAGCAUGGCGCAUGGAAGAAAAUGGCUGGUAGUCUUGAUUGUCAGUGCAAGUUCAUUCUGUGUGUAGGUUCUUCCGAUAUUUUAUAAUGUUCUCCCAAAAUUAUUCCUGUGCGUUGGGCACUUGCGGUAGAAUUCAUCCGUUGAUUUUUUGUCGAUGUCAAAAUUCACUUAUUUUGGCAUCAGGAAGAACACAUAGGGCUGAGUUAAAAAAACGUGGAUACUCAAGGAUGCUAAUCUGACUUGCAUUUUAAUUAGUACCUGUGCGUCAUCAAUGUAUACCAGUACGUAUGCUCAGCUGGAGAAGGAAUUUCAUUGCUCGAGAGAAGUUGCGACACUCGGACUUUCGAUGUUUAUCCUUGGGCUUGGCCUUGGACCUAUGUUGCUUGGACCUCUUUCGUAAGCAUACCUUGAGAUCUUCCUCCCAUCAACCUACUCACAUGAAAUAGUGAAUUCUAUGGUCGUCGUCCAAUUUAUAUUUGCUCCUUCACUUUCUUCCUAAUAUGGCUUAUUCCUUCAGCAGUAGCGCAAAACAUAGAGACGAUGAUAAUAGCGAGAUUCUUCUGUGGUCUUUCCGGAAGCGCCUUUCUCUCCGUUGCGGGGGGCACCGUGGGAGAUUUGUUUAAUCGAGAACAACUUCAAGCCCCUAUGCUAAUCUAUACAGCGUCGCCAUUCAUAGGUCCAUCGUUUGGUCCAUUGAUUUCUGGAUUCAUCAACCAAUUUACCACUUGGCGUUGGACUUUUUAUGUUCUAAUUAUUUGGUCAGCUUGCGACUUAAUUUUGAUUUUUUUCCUCGUUCCGGAAACCUAUCAUCCAGUCGUCCUGAGAGCCAAAGCUUGCAAAAUCCGAAAAGAGACUGGCGAUGACCGCUGGUAUGCACCUAAUGAAAGGCUCAACAAGUCGAUUCCAAAGACUAUUGGAAAGUCGCUACUCAGGCCAGGCCAAUUAUUAAUCUUUGAGCCAAUGUGUCUUAACCUUUGCAUAUUUUCAGCUAUCUUGCUCGGUAUUCUCUACCUAUUAUUUGGGGCUUUCCCCCUCGUCUUUGAGGUUAAUCACGGAUUUCAGCAAUACCAAGUUGGAUUGGCGUUCAUAGGGCUGUUCAUAGGCAUGGUGCUUGCGGCGGCAACUGACCCCUUCUGGCAGAAGAACUAUGCAAGACUCAUCAAACAGAGAGAACAAAUGACAGGAGAGGUCGGUGGAUCCGAACCUGAAUAUCGCCUACCUCCUGCCAUACUUGGAGCCUGUCUCGUUCCUAUCGGUUUGUUUUUCUUUGCAUGGACGACAUAUUCAUCUGUUCAUUGGGUUCUUCCUAUUAUUGGAUCAGGGAUUUUCGCAAUGGGGUAAGUCUUGAAAUUUCUUCAUUGAAAAUGAUAAACUUCGUGUCUCAGGAGGUUUCCUGUUAGGUCCCCGAACCGUGUACGUUCCAUCGCCGAAGUAGCGUAGGGGGGUCUUGUGCUUUGUUCCUGCAUGUAGUUGAUCUUGUCAUCUGUUUUUUGCAUAUCUGGUCUUCUUUGGGAAAUGUGAAGCUGGAUUUUCUUUCUCUUUCAUGCCAGAGUCGUCGAUGGACUUGAUGAAUGUCUCACAUGACACGCAUUUCAUGUGGCACCAAAGUACUUUCGAAGUAGCUAACCGAUUGGGAUUCAUGCAGAACCCUUCUUGUCUUUACUGGCAUCUUCACAUUCCUAGUCGAUGCAUAUCCGCUCUAUGCAGCCAGCUCCUUAGCAGCGAAUAGUUUCAUGAGAAGUAGUUUCGGAGGUAAGUCCACCCAACCUGAAAUCCCCUGAGCAGUCACCUAUGCACUCGAGGAGAAUAAAUGCUGAGGCUGAAGCUGGGUAGCUAUCUUUCCGCUGUUUGGUAUCCAAAUGUAUCACAAGCUCGGCGAUCAAUGGGCAACGAGUCUUUUGGCGUUUUUGACGCUUGUCAUGACGCCCUUCCCCUACAUCUUCUUCAAAUACGGGAAGAGGAUCAGGGGCCAUAGUCGUUUUGCUACCGCGUGAUGUGACUUUCUUUCAGCGGUACAUGCAACGACAGUUAAUAUAAAUCUGGACAUGGGCUUCGAAUCAUUGGCCCUGCACUUUGGGGUACAGAAAAGUAGCGUUGGAUGGGUAAACAUUGGCAUUAUUGGAGUUUGGAUUUGCGGGAACCAGUUAUUGGAUUAUUAAAAACGUCGAUUUUUUUAACGUUAACGGCCGCUUGUUCAUAGAAACGAAGGAUCAUAUAGUAUAUACCCCCAAUCG